GGCUUUAACGCACGUACGCACGGAAAACUGCGCUGAUCUCCUCGUCUGAGUUCCGCGGAACUCAUUUUGAGUGUAGGCGUUUUAGCCGGUAGGAUUUAGAACAGUUUCAUUUCCGGCGUCACCGGAAGCAGCUUGAAAAUGGCGUCUCCCUCGUUAGAGCGGCGAGAAAAAGGGGCUGGAAAAAGUGAAUUUCGUAACCAGAAGCCAAAGCUGGAGAACCAAGAUGAAUCAGAACUCCUUACUGUUCCCGAUGGCUGGAAGGAACCAGCUUUUUCCAAAGAGGACAAUCCCAGAGGACUUUUGGAGAAGAGCAGUUUCUCAACUUUGUUCCCAAAAUACAGAGAAGCUUACUUGAAAGAGUGUUGGCCAUUGGUGCAGAAAGCCUUGAAUGAACAUCAUGUUAAUGCAACCCUGGACCUGAUCGAAGGCAGCAUGACUGUCUGUACUACAAAGAAGACUUUUGAUCCAUAUAUCAUCAUUAGGGCAAGAGAUCUGAUAAAACUGUUAGCAAGGAGUGUUUCAUUUGAACAGGCAGUACGAAUUCUUCAGGAUGAUGUUGCAUGUGACAUCAUUAAAAUAGGUUCUUUAGUAAGGAAUAAAGAGAGAUUUGUAAAACGAAGACAACGGCUUAUUGGUCCCAAAGGAUCUACAUUGAAGGCAUUGGAACUCUUAACUAACUGUUACAUUAUGGUUCAGGGAAACACAGUUUCAGCCAUUGGACCUUUUAGUGGCUUAAAAGAGGUUAGAAAAGUAGUCCUAGAUACUAUGAAGAAUAUUCAUCCAAUUUAUAACAUUAAAAGCUUAAUGAUUAAGAGAGAGCUGGCAAAAGAUUCUGAAUUACGAUCACAAAGUUGGGAGAGAUUUUUGCCGCAGUUCAAACAUAAAAAUGUGAAUAAACGCAAGGAACCAAAGAAAAAAACUGUUAAGAAAGAAUAUACGCCAUUCCCACCACCACAGCCAGAAAGUCAGAUUGAUAAAGAAUUGGCUAGUGGUGAAUACUUCUUGAAAGCAAAUCAGAAGAAGCGGCAGAAAAUGGAAGCAAUAAAGGCUAAACAAGCAGAAGCCAUCAGUAAGAAACAAGAGGAAAGAAACAAAGCAUUUAUUCCACCUAAAGAAAAACCAAUUGUGAAACCUAAGCAAGCUUCUACUGAAACUAAAAUUGAUGUGGCCAGCAUCAAGGAAAAGGUUAAGAAAGCAAAGAAUAAGAAACUGGGAGCUCUUACAGCUGAAGAAAUUGCGCUGAAGAUGGAGGCAGAUGAAAAGAAAAAGAAGAAAAAAAAGUAAAAUAUACCCCAAACUCCUUGACUAGAACUAUCUCCUUUUGUAAAGGAUUUUGAGAUACCAGGCGUUAGUUGCCUCAUUUGUGAGAAAUUUUCUGAGGGUUUUGUUUUGGUGGUGGUUGUUCAUAGAAGAGUGUUCUUUAUAAAUUAUUAUAUUUUUGUGUGUUUUGAAAAUUUUGUACUAGAAAGUGGUAUAUAUGUCUUUGUAUACAUUACGACCAUUGUGAUUAUCCAUUAAAUCCAGUGUCUGAUGCCAUUGGUUAGUCUUCAAAUAUAAUGAUGUCCCAGCAUUUGAUGCUCCCUUUAAUGAUAACAAAUAUUUAGGUUUAUCCCUUUUGAAAAUUUGGUUUUACUUUUAACAGUCCACAUGAACAGAAAAUUAAGGCCUCUAAAAUCAGAUCCCCUAGUUAUUCCUCUGUUCUGAAUCUGGGGAAGUGGUAAACCAGAAAGACAUCACGUUGCAAGAGAACAGGGAAAACCAGAUAUUUAGAGUCGAAGCAGCAUGCAAAACUGGAGUUACUAA